AUGCAAGAGACAUGGGCGGCAAAUUUGGAAUGGAAUGAUCCGUUAACGCACAAUUUGCAACAGGCAUGGAAUGCUUAUGUGAGUGAUCUCGAGGAAAUCAACACGAUUCGGAUCCCUCGAAGAGUCAUCUCACAUUCUAAUGCGAUCCGAUUUUAUCUGCAUGCAUUCUGCGAUGCCUCGUUGAAAGCGUACGGAGCAUGCAUCUAUUUACAAACAAUUGAUAACAAAAAUAAUUAUAGUUCAAGAUUGUUGUGCUCAAAAUCACGAGUGGCACCAAUUAAAAAUAAAACCAUGACAUUGCCAAAGUUAGAGCUAUGUGGAGCCAUUGUUUUAGCUAGACUAUUAAAAAAUGUGAGAACAGCUCUUAAAAUCAAUUUUGACGAAAUAUAUGCAUGGAGCGAUUCCACAGUGGCGUUGGCGUGGAUCGCCGGCGAUCCAUCGCGCCAGAAAAUGUUCGUAUCAAACAGAACAGCCGAAAUUCAGUCAACUCUCCCGUCAAAUCAUUGGCAUCAUGUUCGAAGCGAGGACAACCCAGCCGACUUAACAUCGAGAGGCACAAAUAUCAAAAAUCUAAUGCAAAGUAGAUUAUGGUGGAAGGGUCCCGAUUGGCUAGCGAAGUGUGAUGGUUGCUCGCAAAAUGAGUUACAAUCGGCAUUGACUAAAUUAUCACAAUCAGUGAUGAAUCAAAUUGAAACCGAACAACGGCUAGUUUCACGAACAAACUUGAGUGUUAAUACUUCAAACAAUUUAAUUCAAACAUUAUUAAACAAUUAUUCAUCUCUCUCAAGGAUUGAGCGCAUUUUGGCAUGGAUUUUGCGAUUCAGUCAGAACGCAAAAUUAAGUAAAGUAAAUCGAAAUUUCAAUUAUUUGUCAGUGGACGAAAUUAGUAAGGCACAUCAGUUACUAAUUAAAGCUAUACAAAGGGUUCAUUUUACGAAUGAAAUAGCAGCCAUACAAGCAAAGGGUCAUGUUAAUGCAACAAGCAAAUUGUCGCAAUUUAGUCCAUUCCUAUGCGAAAAAGGUGUUCUCAGGGUGGGCGGCAGAAUUCAAAACGCGGUCGCAUCCUAUGAGAAAAAACAUCCUAUUUUGUUGCAUCCUUCAGACAGCAAUUUUACGCAAUUAUUAAUCAAACGAGAACAUCAUAGAUUAUUACAUGCCGGUCCGCAGAGUCUAUUAUAUGCUAUUCGUGAGAAGUACUGGCCACUCGGAGGGAGGGGCAUCGUUAGAAAGAUUGUUCAUGGAUGUGUGAUUUGUUUUCGAAAUAAGCCGAAAGCAUUAUCGCAGAUAAUGGGACAGUUACCCGCAGAUCGCGUCACUCCGGGGCGCUCGUUUCUCGUGACUGGCGUGGAUUUUGCCGGCCCUAUCAUAACAUUAGUAAAUCGCGGGCGUGGUAGAAAGACCAAUAAGUCGUAUAUAUCGCUGUUUAUCUGUCUUGCGACAAAGGCAAUGCACCUCGAAUUAGUUAGCGACCUCAGUUCGGCAUCAUUCAUUGCUGCACUUAGACGAUUUGUGGGUCGGCGGGGUUGCCCUCAACGCCUUUUUUGCGAUAAUGCAACGAAUUUCGUCGGAGCAAAAAAUGAACUCAGCGAGAUGCAUUUCUUAAUUGGCGAUAAGAAGAGAGAAAUAAGCGAUAAAUUUUUUGUGCCCAAUCGCAUUCAAUGGAAAUUUAUUCCACCUUCAUCACCUCACAUGGGUGGACUGUGGGAGGCAGGAGUCAAAUCUUGUAAGUUUCAUUUAAAACAAAUAAUUGGUGCCACACUUUUGACCUUUGAAAAAUUAAAUACAAUUUUAAUUCAAAUAGAGGCAUGCUUGAAUUCGCGUCCAAUUUGCCAACUGCCUUCCACACCCGAAGAUCUGCAACCACUUACACCUAGCCAUUUUCUUAUCGGAGAGCCGUUAACAAGUCUUCCAGACAAUGACUUUUCCAGCGUUCAAAUCAACCGGCUUGAUCGUUGGCAAUUAUUACAAAGAAUUACGCAGGAUUUUUGGAAGCGAUGGAGUAUCGAAUAUUUAACAUCAUUACAAGGCAAGGUGAAGUGGAGGAUCGAAAAAUCUAACUUAGUAAUCAACGACAGUGUAUUAAUACAAGAUAAUAAUUUACCACCGUUAAAAUGGAAAUUAGGUAGGGUAAUCGAAAUCCAUAAGGGCAUAGAUGACAAGAUUCGAGUUGUCACAUUGAAAACCGCAACCGGAAUGUAUAAAAGGUCGAUAACUAAAUUAUGUAAGCUUCCAGAUUCUGACAGCAACGAUAACAAUUGGUAA